CAUCACUGGAAGGAAGCAGCCCCAGGCUAGAAGCCCGCGAGAAGAACCCAGAGCGAGGCUAAACGGCUCAGCACAAUGAAAUGUUCAGCACUCUGGACAGCUCUCUGCGUUUGGAUGUAUGGCGCGCUGGUGACUUGCUCAGUGAAGAAGCUAAGCAACAACACCGGGCGUUUCGCCAAUGCCACUCUGGUUCGUCUAAAUGAGUUUUUAAGUGCCGGAUAUAAGAAAGGAGUUCGACCAGUGCGCGACUGGAGGCAGUCAACAACGGUGGCUAUUGACCUAAUGGUUUAUGCGAUUCUUAAUGUGGAUGAGAAGAACCAGGUCUUGACGACUUAUGUCUGGUACAGACAGCAAUGGAUAGACGAGUUCCUUGCGUGGGAUCCAGAAGAAUUUGAUGACGCUAAACAGAUAUCCAUUCCCACUGCCAACAUCUGGGUUCCAGAUAUUCUUAUCAAUGAAUUUGUGGAUGUGGGAAAGUCUCCUGAUAUUCCUUACGUCUAUGUAAACUAUACUGGGCUUGUUCGCAACUAUAAGCCUAUCCAGGUAGUGACCGCCUGCUCCCUCAACAUCUACAACUUUCCUUAUGAUGUCCAAAACUGUAGCCUGACUUUCCAGAGCUGGCUACACACAACUAAAGACAUCAACAUCACACUAAUGAGAACCCCUGAGGAAGUAAUGAAUGACAAGAGUGUGUUCAUGAACCAGGGAGAAUGGGAGCUGCUUCACGUCCUCUCUACAUACAAAGAGUUCAGCGUAGAUAAUGAUGAUUACUAUGCCGAAAUGAAGUUCCAUGUUGUGAUCCGACGCAGACCUCUGUUCUACACAGUCAACCUCCUGUUGCCCAGUGUAUUCCUGAUGGUGAUGGACAUCGUUGGAUUCUACUUGCCCCCAGACAGCGGCGAGAGAGUAUCCUUCAAGAUCACCCUGCUCUUGGGCUAUUCUGUCUUUCUCAUCAUCGUCUCUGACACUCUGCCAGCGACCGCCAUAGGGACCCCUCUCAUUGGUGUGUACUUUGUGGUAUGCAUGGCGCUGCUGGUCAUCAGCCUGACCGAGUCAGUUUUGAUCGUGAGGCUGGUGCACAAGCAGGAUCUGCAGUCUCGUGUGCCCCAGUGGGUCAAACAUCUGGUGCUGGAGAAGGCCACGGUGCUGCUCUGCAUUCGCAACAGGAAGGUCUGCACGAUCCUCUCGCAGGGAUCUGACCUGCCGCUCUACAAAGAAAACAACAUGAACACAGCAGUCCACUGCAACCAUCACAUCUCAGAGGGCUCCAGAGACUCUGGGAGAACCCUGGGUUUGGGGCUGUCCACGCGGGACAGCGGGUCUCCUGUCAUGGACGGCAUCCUGCGUGAAAUCACCACCAUCCGCCAGUUCAUGGAGAAGAAGGAUGAGAGCAGGGAGAUCGCUAAAGAGUGGCUUCAGGUGGGGUACGUGCUGGACGUCCUGCUGUUCCGCGUCUACCUGCUCACCGUGUUGGCCUACAGCAUCACUUUAGGCACACUGUGGUCCGUCUGGCAGAACGUCUGACCGCAGAUGUGGGUCACAGAGGGAAGGCGCCAAUUCGGUCUCACUGCUCAGUGUAAAUGCAGUGUUUGACGUAAUUUAAGUGCUGGUAAUCUGAUUGUUAUCUCACAAGAGAAUAACUUGAGUACCAUAGAGGAGAAAUGUGCUUUCAAAUCAAGAGUUAUUACUUGUAGACUGCUGUUCUAGCCGGAUGAAAGCUCUUCAAACUGCCGUCUCUGAAAAGCAUACCGAAUACAUGUAUGACUGUUAUAAUAUCGCAGUCUUCUCAUAUUUAGAACAACAGCGCGACUGCAAGUGUGAUAUUCUCUUUUUACAACCGUAAAACAUAUAAAGAAGUUAAAAAUGAAGAAUUCACAUUUUUUGACAUAUUUUGGUCGUCUCGGCCGAUGGAAACGGUUUUAAAAACAUCAAAGAAAGAAGCAGCAAAUACAGACAAACAAAGCUUUAAACAUAUAUGAAAUACAUAACUCACUGUGAAACAGCAUAUCAAAACCUUCAGCAGUGUAUUGUGCCGGAGUAUUCCAUUAUUAAUAAAAAAAACCCUGCAUUUCAUUAAUCACACUGACAUAAACUACUGUUCAAAAGUCAGUAGGCUGAAAUCUUUGAACGGUAGUGUAUUUACUUCAACCAUGUUUGCGUAUGUUUGGAAUCAAAUAAUUGAAGUUUUAUGCAGUCAUUGAAACAACAAUCUAUCCUUUAGGUUCCAAUUAAUAUCAUUUCGCUUCUGUUAUCCUGAUCAAAUCUGUAGUACUGUGAGAAAAAAAACAUUCAAUCCUGUUGUUGAAAUGUAAACCUCUUGUAAACUGUCUGUAUUCCUGUGUCUUGAGAAGAUGUUGGACCAUGUCUAUAUUGUGCUCCCUCUCUUCCAGCCCAAGGGCGGCUGAUUAUUAGUCGUUGCCUGUGACACUAAAUGUACUAAUUGUAAAGAUUUUCACCUCACUGGGAAUGCACUCAGCAGGCCUGGGGUGGUUGGACAAAUGCCAUCGACACCCUACAUAAUUAAAGAAAAAAAAAAUCAGUUAGACAGUAAAUGGGAGCAUUGAUCCCAAUACAAUCAAUGCGGCUACAUCUCUCCAUCCCGCCAGCACACCACAGUCCUGAAUUAGGCAUAAAACUUCAUGUUUUGUGAGGAACAACAGUUACCAAAUGCCACUCUUUAUGUAAAUAAAUAAUCAUUAAAAAUGCAAUAUUAUCAUAAUUACCAUUCAACAACACCACAACCAUAGACCUUUGAUGUCUGCACUCAACUUUGACCAGCAGAGGGCUUCUAAGGCCAUGUAAUGUAUUUAAGGCACUGCUGAUGUUAGGGACAUCAUAACAUGCUCCUGAGUUUAACUGGAAUCUGUAAUAUUAAAUACAGUCUGCAUUUGGAGCGCACACAAUAGGAUGCCAGUGCCAGAGGA